GGACAACUCUUCAAUCUAAGCGGGAGACACUCUGUUCACUGGUAGCAACUGGAGUGAAUCCAGGGAGGGAGCAGACUCUGCAAACUCAGCGUUUGAAGAUCUGAAGACAGAAGUUUCAAAAUCGACUGUAACGUCAACUCUCCUGCUCCUCGGACGCUGCCUGAUCUCUGUGCUUUUCCAGUGCUGUACUUUUUGACAGUGACUCUCCAGAGUCAGCAGUCCUCAGUUUGGUGUCAAUGUCUGACGGUCACUCAAUCCAUUUUUGACUGUGAUUCUGUGGGAAGGGGCAAAGCUUUUUGGUUCCUGUUUGAGUACAUUUCCAGUAUCAGUGGGACUGGAUGAGAGACCUACUGUUGCAGUGCACUGAGUGUGGAGUGUGUAACAGUUAUACCACCUGUUAAGAGGAAAUCACUGUGCGAAGGGGCUCUACACACGAUUGUGUGCGGUUGAAGCUUCGGCCAUGGAGAAACCUGAGGAAUCCCGCCCUGUGGAGAAACCGUGGAAAUGUGGUAACUGUGGGAAAGGCUUCCGUGUCCCGUCUGCCCUGGAGACUCAUCGGCGCAGUCACACCAGAGAAAGGCCCUUCAGCUGCCCUGAGUGUGGGAAGGGCUUUACCCAGGCCUCUGCCCUGCGGACUCACCAGCGGGUCCACACAGGGGAGAGGCCAUUCCCAUGUCCCGAGUGCGGGAAGGCCUUCAGCAAUUCCUUCAACCUCCAGACCCACAGGCGACUCCACACUGGUGAGAGGCCGUUUUCUUGCUCCGAGUGCAAGAAGGCGUUCAGACAUUCCUCUGACCUGCUGACCCACUGGCGGGUCCACACGGGGGAGAGGCCCUACAGCUGCCCCGAGUGUGGGAAGGCCUUCAGCAAUUCCUCCCACCUGCUGACUCACCAGCGGGUCCACACACGGGAGAGGCCAUUCACCUGUCCCAAGUGCGGGAGGGGAUUUAGUCAGGUGAGCAACUUGUGGAAGCACCAGCGUCUCCACACUGGGGAGAAACCCUUCAGCUGCCCCGAGUGCAGGAAGGCCUUCAGCAAUUCCACCACUCUGCUGACCCACCGGCGGAUCCAUAUGGGGGAGAGGCCAUUCCCCUGCACCGAGUGCGGGAAGGCCUUCAGCAAUUCCUCCAUCCUGCUGAGACACCAGCGGCUUCACACAGGGGAGUGGCCCUUCAGCUGUCCUGAGUGCAGGAAGGGGUUCAGCGAUUCCUCCAAUCUCCAGACCCACCAGCGGAUCCACACUGGGGAGAAGCCCUUCAGCUGCACGGAGUGUGGGAAGGCCUUCAUCUGCUCCUCCCACCUGCGGAGGCACCAACGAGUUCACGUGCCAUCGCAGGGUGAUUGAAGGAGCAACAAUCGAGUGCCAUUAGGGACUGGACUAUCAACCCAGUUCCGGGGACUUCUGAGUUUGAAUCCAGCCCAUGGCAGAUCACGGAAUUGGAAUUCGGUCCGAAAUCUGGAGUUCAGAAUCUGAUAGUGAAACCGUUUUUGGGGUGGGGGGCCCCAUCUGAUUCACGCAUGCUCUUUUUAGAGAAGGAAACUGCCAUUGUGGGAAAGGAUUCAUUCAGUCAUCCAGCUGCAUCCUUUACCUAGUCCAGCCUACAGUGACUCCAGACACAGAGCUGUGUGGUUAACACUAUACUGUUUAGGUAAAAACAAUGACUGCAGAUGCUGGAAACCAGAUUCGGGAUUUGUAGUGCUGGAAGAGCACAGCAGUUCAGGCAGCAUCCAAAGUGCAGCGAAAUCGAC